UGUGAUGAACUUAGUAUGGGAGACGUGGCAAUGCAGCGAUAAUAAUUCGAGUGAUAAUUAUAUUUCUGAAAAUCGGAUAUUCCUUUAUCUCAUUUUUCUUUGUCGUACCAUAACUAAUGAGCCGUAGAGCUUACCGUACAGACUUACCGUCAGACUUACCGUAGAAUCAUGGAACACUUCACGGGUAUUCUGUCUUUAUCGUUUGCGAUGCUAACUGGCUGUUACAUAGCGGGCACAUUGCCAUUGUCAAUCAGUCUAUCAGAGUCCAAACUUCACAUGGUUACUGUUCUUGGCUCUGGCCUAUUAGUUGGCACUGCGCUUGCAGUUAUUAUACCUGAAGGAGUCAAUGCAUUAUAUGAAGAGAGCAGCCAUCAUCACGAACACCAUCAUGAAGUUACAAUGGCACCAAAAACAACCCCACAUGCGACAAGUGCCGGUGGAUUUUUGCCAAACCUUGGAUCAAUGCCUGAAGUUGAACCUCAUGCAUUCAUUGGUAUAUCUCUUUGCCUGGGUUUUGUGUUCAUGCUCUUGAUUGAUCAUUGCCUUGGUGGACAUUCGCAUACUCCUGAUGUAGAGAACAAUGGCAGACAGAAUCGUGGAAAUUUUACAGCUACAGUAGGAUUGGUAGUUCAUGCUGCAGCUGAUGGUAUAGCAAUGGGAGCAGCCGCAGUGUCAUCAAAACCUGAUGUAGAAAUUAUAGUUUUUCUUGCAAUUAUGUUACACAAGGCUCCAGCUGCAUUUGGGCUCACAACAUUUUUAUUACAACAGGGAAUGCAGCGGAAUAAAAUAAGAAAACAUUUAUUUAUUUUCUCAAUGGCGGCACCAGUUUUAGCAAUUUUAACGUACACAUGUCUUAGCCAAAGCGGUAAGGAGUUAUUUUCCAGUGUGAAUGGUACUGGGCUAGCAAUGCUGUUCUCUGCAGGAACUUUUCUGUAUGUUGCUACAGUUCAUGUUUUACCAGAAACAACAAACUUAGCUCAUAAUUCAACAGGUAGCGAGGGAUCAAGUGGACAUGAACACCAUAAGAAAAGUGACUUAAUUGCUUUAAUCAUUGGAAUUAUAUUUCCAUUAAUUUUGACAACGACGCAUCGCCAUCAUCACUGAUGUGGAAUCAU